CUAUGACCUACUUGUCUAAACCGAGAUGCUCGCUAAUGGACGAAUCCUAUACGGAAUCGUAAUAUGGAAUAUGGAGAGCUCGUUGCUGGGAGGGGUCAGGAGGUUAUUGAUAUUGUUAGACUGUGGGGACUGUGCAAAGGAAUAAAUAGCUGGAAAGACCGUCCGGGUCUCGCAGUCUCUCUCAGACAGCCCAGGCAUAGGUGACCUCCACUCCACUCAAGCUCAUCCGUCUCUGCAAACCCUACAGCCAGCAUGGAGAGGAUGGAAUCUGUAAGUCAGAGCCAUGCACUGCAGUGGUUCACCCUAAUACUGACCCUGCUGAGUGGAAUCGGUGCCAUGCCUGUGAGCGUGGACUCCGUUUGCUCGGCAACAUCCACAGCCAAGUACAGCUUGACAUUUACAGGCAAGUGGAGCCAGACUGCUUUCCCCAAGCAGUACCCCGUUUACAGGCCCCCUGCCCAGUGGUCUCCGCUCAUUGGGGUAACGCACAGCUCAGACUAUCACAUCUGGCAAAAGAACGAGUACGCCAGUAACGGGGUGAGAGAGUUCUCGGAGAAAGGAGAGGCUUGGACUCUGAUUAAGGAGGUGGAGGCAGCUGGAGAGCGCAUCCAGAGUGUAUAUGGCCUCUUCUCUACACCAGCUGUGCUUGGAGGGACAGGCCAGACGACCACAGAGUUUGAGGUCUAUGCAAGACACUCUUUUUUGUCCUUUAUUAUGCGGAUUGUGCCAAGCCCUGACUGGUUUGUCGGUGUAGACAGUCUAAAUCUGUGUGAAGGAGACCAUUGGAAAGAAAACAUAAGCCUUGACCUGUUUCCUUAUGAUGCUGGCACAGACAGCGGCUUCACUUUUUCUUCACCCAACUUUGAGACCAUUCCCCAAGACAAAAUCACACAGAUUACAUCAUCAUUUCCAAGCCACCCAGCUAACUCUUUCUUCUACCCUCGACUGAAGCAUCUGCCCCCAAUAGCCAAGGUCACGCUCACCAAGGUCAAGACCAAGCAGAUCUUUAAUCUGCCCAUUGAGCCAACGCAGUCCAACCAGAUCCCCACCGGCAACGAAAUAGACGAGUCUCUCAUAAAUACUCCUCUUGACUGUGAGGUGUCCGUCUGGUCACCCUGGGGUCUGUGCAAAGGUCAGUGUGGUGAGAAGGGAGUGAGACAUCGGACCCGAUACAUUCAUUUACAGCCAGCAAACAACGGUGCAGCCUGCCCUCCACUGGAGGAGGAGAAAGCCUGUGUCCCUGACAACUGUGUGUGAAGACCUGCUAAAUGAGGCCUAACAAUUUUCCCCCUUAGCCUUAUGCAGAGCGAGAUGUGGCUUGGACUACAGAUUGAAAAGAAGGCUUGUCUGUCUACACAGUUCCAUAAUAUGACGACUGUUAGCGGUAACCUUCGUACCGAUAUUUCCAAACUGACUAAAGCAUUCCAUAAAGACUAGUUAGGGCACAGGACUGGUGGCUCAUGUGGGGAAGCCAAUAAGAUUAUAAGGACUACAUAAUAAGCGGCAUACUGAAGCCAAAAUUAACAUGGCCAAAAAGACUUUUGAGAGUGGUUCCAAUAAAAAAGACCUCGGAGGGAAAAAAAGAGAGAGACUGGCACAAGAGCCUGCACUGUUUACGCCAUAGUGCAAUAAGUGUCCCCCAGAAUAAUGUACUAUAAGAAAGCAGCGUUGGCUAAGCUAAGCCUUUCUUACUGAUGCUAUGGAAAGUAGCAAAGGUUGCUACGAACUGCUGCCCUGAUGAGUGAUUGACCAGACACAGUCCAGUAUCAAAUCAAGCAACUAACUCGAAUAAAGGAAUAAGGGCAAAAUAGUUCUUGUCUAUAAUGUGCUGUAUGUGUUGUUAAUGCUUGUACAUUAAUUGCAAUACAUUGUACAUAUAAGCUGUAAAUAUGAACAAAUAAACUGGUUCCUGUCAA